AUGGGGAGCCCGGAGGCUGUCACUGCCUGCACACAGCAGCUGGCCUUGGCCUUGGGGAAGAGCUGCCUCUGGUCCUUCACCCUCCUGUUUCCACCCACGCCCGAAGCUUACAAGGACAGUCUUGUAGAGGAGCCAACAGGAAAGAGUAUUUGUUCCGCGAUCUUCCAGCUUCCAGAGCACGACUUCACCUCGCACUGCUUCAUCGCUGAGCGGCGGACAAUCAUUUUCUUGACGCUCUCGGAUCCCAGAGUCCAGACUCUCAGCCCCAGGUCUUCCCGUUACACGACCCUCCGGAAAGAGACCCGAGCUCCCGGCCCGGCUCCACCUAGAGGUUACAGGGAGAAGAGGACCAGGCCAUCGCCUCUGUCCCGGCGACUGGGAGGAAAGAGGAGCAUCUUUGUGCCCCCAUCCCAGGGCAGCUUGGCCCAGUCCCAGAACCCCAGCCGACUCGGUCAGAAGACCUCAAAUGGUGUGAAGGAGGGCAGUGAGAAGCCUCAGGGAGCACGGACAGCGGACAAGGCUGGCUGGAUCAAGAAGAGCAGCGGGGGCCUCCUGGGUUUCUGGAAAGACCGCUAUCUGCUCCUCUGCCAGGCCCAGCUGCUGGUCUACGAGAACGAGGACGAGCAGAAGUGUGUGGAGACAGUGGAGCUGGGCAGUUAUGAGAAGUGCCAGGACCUUCGAGCGCUCCUCAAGCGGAAACACCGUUUUAUCUUGCUUCGAUCCCCAGGGAACAAGGUCAGCGACAUCAAAUUUCAGGCUCCCAGUGGGGAGGAGAAGGAAUCCUGGAUCAAAGCUCUCAAUGAAGGGAUCAACCGAGGCAAGAACAAGGCUUUUGACGAGGUAAAGGUAGACAAGAGCUGUGCCCUGGAGCAUGUGACCCGGGACCGGGUGCGGGGGGGCCAACGGCGCCGGCCACCAACGAGAGUCCACCUGAAGGAGGUCGCAAGUGCGGCUUCUGAUGGGCUUCUGCGCCUGGACCUCGAUGUUCCAGAUAGUGGGCCACCCAUGUUUGCCCCAAGCAAUGAUGUCAGUGCAGCCCAGCCCCGGGAGACACCCCGGCCCCCCAUGCCUCCUGCCAAGUCUUCCCCAGUGCCUGAGACGACCAGCCUUGGUGACGGCAUGCAGAGAGCCCCAACCCCUGUCUCAGCAAGCCCUGAGGCCCACCCUGAGAUCCAAGGGGACUCAGAGACCCCAGCAGGGGAGGACAGUGGUUCUGAGCAGCUCCUCAACAGCAUCCUGCCUGACAGACUGAAGGUGAGCUGGGAAAACCCCAGCCCUGAGGAGCCCUCUGCUCCAGAGAAAGCAGAACCGUCCCAGGUACCCCAUUUGGAGACUUCUGAGGCUGUCCCCAGGGAGGGUGGGAAGCCCCCUACACCUCCACCUAAGAUCUUAUCAGAGAAACUGAGAACCUGCAUGAGUGGGAUGGAGGCUUCUGGGCCAGUCCAGAAUCCUCGGGCCCCUGAGACCUCUGCCCCAGGCUCAGCACAGGUUUCAGUGAAUGGCGUCGAUGACAGUCCUGAGCCUGCCAAGCCAUCCCAAGCUGCAGGCAUCCCAGGAACUCCCCCAAAGGAUGUGGCCACAUCCUCAGCACAGCCCCUCUGGGAACUGCCACCUCAGCUCCAUCCACGCUGCUCUUCCCUUGGAGACCUGCUUGGGGAAGGCCCCCGGCGUCCAAGGCAGCCCAGGGAACGGCUGUAUCGGGCUCAGCUGGAGGUGAAGGUGGCCUCAGAACAGACGGAGAAACUGUUGAACAAGGUGCUGAGCAGUGAGCCGGCCCCUGUGAGCGCCGAGACCUUGCUCAGCCAGGCUGUGGAGCAGCUGAGGCAGGCCACCCAGGUCCUGCAAGAAAUGCGAGAUUUGGGAGAGCUGAGCCAGGAAGCACCUGGGCUGAGGGAGAAGCGGAAGGAGCUGGCGACCCUCUACAGGAGAAGUGCACCCUAG